ACAUCUCAGGACCCCAUGGAGCUCUACGAGACUUCUCCCUACUUCUACCCGGAGCCCCGCUUCUAUGAGAGUGAAAACUACCUGCCUGUCCGGCUCCAGGGCUUCGAGCCACCAAGCUACGAGCGGGCUGACCUUGGCCUUGGCCCUGAUGGCCGGGUACCGCUGGAGGAGAAGAGCUCUGGGGCCACUGAACACUGCCCUGGCCAGUGCUUGCCCUGGGCCUGUAAGGUGUGUAAGCGCAAGACAGUUUCUGUGGAUCGAAGACGGGCAGCAACCCUGAGGGAGAAGCGGAGACUCAAGAAGGUGAACGAGGCCUUUGAGGCCCUCAAGAGGAGCACCCUGCUCAACCCCAACCAGCGGCUGCCCAAGGUGGAGAUCCUGCGCAGUGCCAUCCAGUACAUUGAGCGCCUCCAGACACUGCUCAGCUCCCUCAACCAGGAGGAGCGGGACGUGGCGUGCUACCGCACUGGGGGCCCUCAGCCAGGGGUGCCCAAUGAAUGCAGCCCCCACAGUACCUCCUGCAGUCCUGAGUGGGGCACUACACUGGAGUUUGGCAGCAACCCUGGGGACCAUCUGCUCCCAGACGACACUUCUGAUGCCCACAAUCUACACUCCCUCACUUCUAUCGUGGACAGCAUCACGGUGGAAGAUGUUUCUGUGGCCUUUCCAGAUGAAGCCAUACCAAACUGA